AUGCAAUUUCAUAAAAUAUUCCUAUUCUGUGCCUUGAUGUUGGCCGUAUUUGUGGGUCAAGGUGAAGCCGGUUGGUUGAAGAAAGUUGGCAAGAAAAUUGAACGAGUCGGUCAACACACCCGUGAUGCCACAAUUCAGGCUAUUGGUGUGGCUCAACAGGCUGCAAAUGUUGCUGCUACUGUACAAGGAAGAUAA